GUGCAGUGUGAGCUGAUAGCCUUGUCCCCAGGAACUGCGCCUUCCCGAGCCCUGCACCCCGGAGCGGCCGCACCAUACGAGCCAUAGGCAAGCAGAGAAAGCAGCGGGCAGUAGCCAUGGCCGCGAUCCGCAAGAAGCUGGUGGUAGUGGGGGACGGGGCGUGCGGCAAGACCUGCCUGCUCAUCGUGUUCAGCAAGGACGAGUUCCCCGAGGUCUAUGUGCCGACCGUGUUCGAGAACUACGUGGCCGACAUCGAGGUGGACGGGAAGCAGGUGGAGCUGGCGCUGUGGGACACGGCGGGGCAGGAGGACUAUGAUCGGCUCCGGCCUCUCUCCUACCCGGACACUGACGUCAUCCUCAUGUGCUUCUCCGUGGACAGCCCGGACUCACUAGAGAACAUCCCGGAGAAGUGGGUGCCCGAGGUGAAGCAUUUCUGCCCCAGCGUCCCCAUCAUCCUGGUGGCCAAUAAGAAGGACCUGCGUAAUGACGAGCACGUCCGCAAUGAACUGGCGCGCAUGAAGCAGGAGCCGGUGCGGAUAGAGGACGGCAGGGCCAUGGCCAUUCGCAUCAACGCCUUCGAGUACCUCGAGUGUUCGGCCAAGACUAAGGACGGCGUGCGGGAGGUGUUCGAGACGGCCACCAGGGCGGCGCUGCAGAAGAAACACGGCCGGAGCGGAGAGUGUAUGAGCUGCUGUAAACUGCUCUGAUCCUGCUCUGCACUCGCGGGACUUUAAUUCUGCCGAAAUCCAACUACUGACACUGGAGAAGUGCUCCCCCCCGCCUGAUGGAACAUUCCCAGGCCGCAGUGUUGGCUUCCAAGAGCGGAGCUGUCCCACUGAUGUAAUGGGGGAGUGAGUGGGCUGUGGGGACAACUGCGGAUAAGGAUUUCAUUGGCCCCAGAGCCUCAGUAUUAUCCUGUACAUAGGACUUCUGUCUGUCCAGCCUUGGGAGAUCUUGCAUGGGCCACCAAGUACUUUACUCAAUGUGCCCAAGUGGCACCUUCUCUAUAGACACACCAGGUCUGGACUGAGUCACAAUAGGCCCUGGCAUUUCUGCUCCAAUGAGCCCACACCAGCCCACUAAAUACUGACUAUGGCAAUUUAUAGCAGCCCCUUUGGCAUUUGCCAAAAGCAAGAGAUUGUCAGUCCGGGCCUGAGACAACACACAAGUCCUGCCCUUUCCAGUGGCCCGAGCAAUAGUGACCGUAGCCCCUCUGGCAAGUGACUGGACCCCUGCAGGGUCGGCUUCUCUAUGGGCAACUCCCUGUGACCUUUAAUGUCUUUCUGAUUGUUUCCUGGCAGCUGGGAGUUGUUGUAGCUGUUACAUGUAGCCGGGCUCCUCCUGUUACACGUGCAGGGGGGGAUUUGUUACUUUCCCAAAGCUGCAGACACUGCGGUCCUUUAUUCCGCCAGCUACACACACUGCUACAAAACUGACAGUUUGUCAUUGUUUAACUGUGACGCUUGCGAUGGCCGAGAGGCGUUAACUGCAAAUCCAGACGUUUAUAUUGCUGCCAUCUCCCUUUGCAGCAAAGGGGGGUGAAAUAUAUUUUUGUUCUGAAUACGCAACUGGGUAGAAAGUUUUGCAAAUGUAAUUUUUUUUUUUUUUUUUUGCACAUUUCCCUCCCCCCUUUCUAUUUGUCAUUUAACGCACUUGCCACCUCCUAAAGUGUAAACACUACAAACCUGUUUCUUUUCACACCAGUCUGUGCUCCCCCUGUCCUAAUAAACACUGGGCAAGUUUGCACCUGGUUGGUAACCCAUGGCGACCAAUCCGAUUGCUUUUACUGUUCAAACUGCAGCUGGCUGGAAAAAAAACCCAAAUCACUGGUCUCUUAGGGUUACUGCCCAGGUGCAAGUUUGCCCAGUGUUAAUAAAUGAGCCCCAAGUUUGGUUACACUAUAGAAUGUAAAGCAACUGAGAAGGGCCAUGGGCUUAUGGCACCGGAUUUUAAUGCUACUAAAAAUGCCAUUGCCGUCAUACCCGGCACCUCCCAACUGCCUCAGACUGGAGAAUGCUGGGAGUUGUAGUUGGAUCGCUGCAGUGAUGAUCAGUUGUACAAGCAGGGCUAGAGGAAUCAAACUGUCGUAUUCCAUUUUCUGCAACUUGACACUACAUUGUUAGUCCCAAUUGUUUGGGGGGAAGGGGGUUAAAAAGUAUUUUUGGACAGUGGUACUAAAUCUGUGACAAAGCUGACCGAACAGUAUGAAAUGAACUUUUGAAUGUUUACAUAAAAUGUUGAUAUGUAUAUAUUGUUUUUUAUGUAAAAUAUUAAAAAAAGCACUAUAUAAACCUA